AUGAGUGGAAGUCAAGAAUUUAGACACUUUAUUGUAGUUUCUAAAAUAUCUUUUAUCAUGUUGAUUAUUAAUUUAGGGAGAGAAAGGCAAUUUCAUGGAUUUUUAGUGUGUGUAGUUGGAAAGGUUUACAUAGGAAUUCGAAGGAUAGCAUUGAAACAUGUGUUGAGCAGAUUCCCAACUGCCUCUUUCCACAUCUAUUUUCGAGUGAAUGAUAUUGUUAUUGAAAAUUGUUUUGAAUUGAGUAAUGAUAACAUGAACAAUUGCUUCUACGAUCCUAUUCAGCACGCUUUGGCGAUUGUUUUGUGA